AUGGUGACGCGCCAUCUGACACACUGUCCCCAGGACACAGUUACCUUCCCCGACGUGGCCGUGAGCUUCUCCCCAGAGGAGUGGACGUGCCUGGACGCCUCUCAGAGAAAGCUCUACAGGGACGUGAUGCUGGAGACCUACCAGCACCUUCGGGCCGUUGGGCUUUCCAGGGUGAAGCCUGCGGUGAUCUCCUGGCUGGAAGGAGGAGCCCUGAGGCCAGGGAGGAGAGGCAUGUGUGUAGAAGUUAAAUCACAUCUCCAGGAGUUUUCUCUGCAGCAAUUUGAUUUGGGAGUUGAGUCACUGAAUAUGAGUGAGUUGGGAAACAGCCAGCCCCGGUGGAAUGUCUCUGAUCCUGCGCUCUGUGACAAUGUCUUGAGUGAACAAUCCUGCCCUCAGCCCCAUGGGGAUUCCCAGGCAGAUGAGAUGUCUUCUGAGGGUGAUCAGAAUGGAGAGAGUGACCUCACUCUGAAGAAGCCCUUCUCUGGGAAAAUCUCACAGUCUGUUGUCCUCAGUUUUUGGAAACAACCCCCACCAAGGAUGCAGGCCCAGGACUGUGGGAGAGGAGCACCAUUGAUAGUGAGUUCCUCACGCCGACAGUCCCACGAGCAAAGUCAUCAUGGACUGACCCUGUCCAAGAGUAAGGAAUGUGGGGGAGCCUUCCGCCCAGGUCCUCGGUGA